GCAAGCCAAGGUAGAUCUGAGAGUUGCAGCAACAAAAGUGGAAGAAUUAGCUAAAGUGACUGCAGAUCUUCAGGGACAAAUGCAAAUGAAGGAGGAGGGUAUGAUAUCUGCCCAAGGAAGAGAGGAAGCAUCAGAUAGGCGCUUACAGCAGUUACAAUCUAGUAUAAAACAAUUAGAAACAAGAUUAUGUGUGACCAUCCAAGAAGCUAACCAAUUAAGUGCAGAAAAAACACGUCUGGAAAUACAGAACAGAGAGCUGCAAGUAAAGUGCACUGAAUUAGAAAAUGAGAAAUACGAUGCUAUUAUAAGAGCCAGAAAUAGCAUGCAACUCUUAGAAGAAGCUAACCUUCAAAAAAGUCAGGCUCUGCUUGAGGAGAAGCAAAAAGAAGAAGUUAUACAGAAAAUGACAGAAAAAAUUUCUCAGCUUCUACAAGAUAAUGCCAUAAGAACCAACAAAGAAGUUAUAAACACAAGAAAACAAUAUAAUGUACAAAUUUCUCGAUUAACAGAAGAACUUUCAGCCUUGCAAAUGGAGUGUGCCGAAAAACAAGACAAAAUCGAACGAGCCAUUAGGGAAAAAAAAGCGGUGGAAGAAGAACUAGAAAAGAUUUACCAUGAUGGCAGAGGAAAUGAAAAUGAUUACAGAAAACUGGAAGAAAUGCACCAAAGAUGCCUAGCUGCAGAGCGUUCAAAAGAUGAUCUUCAGCUAAGACUUAAGAAAGCAGAAAAUACAAUAAAACAACUUGAAAUUAAUUCCUCAGAAGAGAUAUCACGUUCCCAAGAAAUGAUUCAAAAACUUCAAAAUAUAUUGGAGUCUGAGAGGGAGAACUGUGGAUUUGUCAGUGAACAGAGGCUGGAACUUCAGCAAGAAAAUGAACAGUUACGGAAAGAGACUGAGGACUUAAGAAAGAUUGCUCUGGAGGCUCAAAAAAAAGCCAAAUUAAAGAUCAGUACAAUGCAAAAUGAAUUUUCAAUAAAAGAACAUGGGUUUGAAGUUCAAUUGAGAGAGAUGGAAGAAAGUAAUCGAAAUUCCACUGUUGAACUGAGGCAUCUCUUAGCAACUCAACAAAAGGCGGCCAAUAGAUGGAAAGAAGAAACCAAGAAACUUACUGAAAGUGCAGAAAUUAGAAUCAGUAAUCUAAAGAGUGAGCUGAGUCGACAGAAACUUCAUACCCAAGAGCUGCUUUCUCAGCUGGAAAUGGCAAAUGAAAAGAUAGUUGAGAAUGAAAAGUUAAUUCUAGAGCAUCAAGAAAAAGCCAACAGACUUCAAAGGCGUCUAAGUCAGGCGGAACAGAGAGCUGCUUCCGCUUCCCAGCAGCUCAGUGUGAUUACAGUGCAGAGAAGAAAAGCAGCCUCCAUGAUGAAUCUGGAAAAUAUUUAAAAAUAUUCAUAGUUCACUCACAGAACUUUAGAGUUGGGAAAGCUGUUGGACUAAAAGUGUAUUGAAAUGGUAAAGCCUGCAGAGAAUGGUUAAAGCUUCUGUCAUUUUGCAUAAGCAUUUUCCAUUCUGUUUUGAGGGUUAUUGGAAAACAGAACAGUGACAGCUUCCUGUAAGUAAAGAAAAUAUAAUCCUAUAUUGAGCUUCAGUGGAGAAUAAAGCCAGCUGAGAAGAACUCAUUGCCUUCAUCGAAGUGUCUAUUUUUUAAUUCCCCUUU